UCCUGCUCCCCUCCCUCCCAACCACCCUGCAGGGUCCUCAGCGCCAAGUCUUCUCCUCCCAGCUUGCUCGGCUCUGCCAGCUCCCAGAGGACAGCAGCCCACAGGUCUUUUUGGGUCCAAUAAGGCAUGAUGACCCAAAACAAGGUGACYGUGAACGGAGUUGAUGUGGUCUCUACGCUGUCCCAGCCCACCCACAUUGAUAUCCACAUCCACCAGGAAUCGGCCUUGACACAGCUGCUGAAAGCUGGGGCUUCCCUGAAGCAGUUCAUUUCACGCCCUCGGGAUACUGGGCCUUCUGGGGCCAGGAUAAACAAUGCUCAGCUGGCUCUGGGGGUGACCCAGAUAUUGCUGGGGGUUGUGAGCUGUACUCUCGGAGUGUGUCUCUACUUUGGGCCUGGGACCGGGUCGGCGCUGCGGGCCUCUGGCUGUGCCUUCUGGGCAGGCUGUGUGGCCAUCAUAGCCGGAGCUGGGGCCGUGGCCCAYGAGAAGUACCCGGGCAAACUCUCCGGCUGUGUGUCAGGCCUGCUCAUCCUGGCGUGUAUCGCCACAGCAGUGGCUGCGACUGUCCUCUGUGUGACCAGCUUAGUCUGGCAAACCAAUGACGCCUCCAUCACGGAGGUCAACUCUCCGUGUSAUGGUCUCAACACAACCACUAGUUACAGAUACAGGUGGAGGAGCUACAACGACAAGUGGAAGGAGGAGAGGUGCAGGAAUUACAUGGAGAAGAUGAUGAAAAUGUUCUUAGCGUUCUGUUCCCUGCUGGCAGCUGUCUGUAUCCUGAAGAUCAUCUUGGCUUUGGCUUCCCUGGGACUGUGUCUCCGGAGUGUGUGUGUCCAGAGCUCCCGGCCCCUGGAGGAGGAAGGGUCAGAUAAGAAGCUCCUGGGGGAGGUCCCCUGCGUCUCCCAGGAGAAGACCCCAACUGUGGUCAUCUUUUGAGCAGCCUGGCCUGGGGCUCUGCAUGUCCCAUGAGAUGGUGACUGUCCCUGGGCCACGGGCGUCCCUCUUGCCUCGGCUGCAGCUGCUGUGCUGCCCUUCUCCAGCCCUCUCUCCCCGCCUUCCCUCCACCAUGCUCUUCCAGUGUCUUGGUCCCAUGAAGAGGUCUCGUCACAUUGGAGAAAGCUGAUUGAAAUAAAAAAC